AUGCCUCCAAAAAAUCGUGGUCCAUGUGUUAUAACCGGCUGUACUAACACUGAUAAUGAGUUCAGAAGGUUAACUGAUUAUACUGUUGAUAAAAUUAGACUUAAAGAUGUAAAUAAUGAAUAUGGAUUUUUAAAAAAAGAUGAUCAAUUAUGCUAUAAGAUACAUUAUUUAAACAUAGUUGAACCAGACAGACAUAAGAAGUAUAAGAAAAAUGUCAAUAAUAAAAAAUUGACUGAAGAUGAUUUGAUUGGAGAAUCUUCGACUAAUGCUAUAACUAACAAUCAAAAAAAUGGCUUGGAUUGGUCUAAAAUCAAAAUAAAUACUGUUGAGGAUAAUGUUAUUAUAUCCAAAGAUGAUUUUAAAAGUAUAAUGGAUUAUAUUAAUAAUAAGAAUCAGAACAUUUAA